UUUAUUUGGCAGUGAUAAGAAAGAUAAACAUAUCAAUUUGGAAAUUUUUUUGUCAAGUUUGGCCAAUGAUGGAAGGAAUUUAUAAAGAAAAGAGAAAGCAUGAAUCAGCUUUCAAACUCGCCAAGUUGCUAAUAGCAGAAGAUCAUUCUUGGAAACUAAGUAGUCAAAAAGAAGACACUGGGAAGACCAAUCCAAUGGGUGACAUAGCACCCCCAAAGCCGGAAAAAUCUGAAAAUCUCGAAGGGACUACUCUUACCCCGUUGCUUAUAGCAACAAGCACAGGAAUAGUAGAAAUUGUUAAGGAGAUACUUAGAGUGUAUCCCCAGGCGGUUGAUCACGUAACUCCUGAUAAGAGCUGGAACAUACUGCAUGUAGCCAUUAGCCAUCGUCAAUUGGAAAUCUUUCGCAUUGUAAGGAAGAUGGAAAUACCAAUGGCCAGGUUAGUUCGACGGAUUGAUGAGGAUGGGUACACCAUCUUGCACCAUGUUGGAGUCAUGGAGUAUUACACCGGUGGUACCGUGCCAGGUCCUGUUCUCCAAUUACAAGAAGAGCUCCUAUGGUUUGAGCGUGUUCAGAAGAUAAUACCCUCCCAUUACGAGAUGCACCGUUGCCAGAUUAAGCAAAAGACCGCUCAAACCCAUCAAUUUGAUCUAGAAGCUCAAGCUGCUGAAAUCCAUCAUGUCACUCAACCCACUGAAGCCUCUCAAAAUAUUCCUCCAAUCCAUGAAAUCUCUGAAUUAUCGCCUCUAAUCCCUCAAACUGCUCAAGAUAAACAAUUUCAAGAAAUGCAUGCAAGAAUUUUGAAGGAAGUACAAGAAUUACUGAAACGGACCUCUCAAAUCACUGAAGCCUCUCAAACUGCUCAAACCGCUCAAGAGUUAUUCGAACAAAGCCAUGCAGCACUUCUAAAGGAGGCACAAGAAUGGCUAAAACGAACCUCUGAGGCUUGCUCUGCUGUUGCUGUUCUCAUUGCCACUGUUGCCUUUGCAGCUGCUUACACUGUCCCUGGAGGUUCCAAUCAGGACACUGGGGUUCCCAUUCUACUACACGAUCCUUUCUUCUUGGUUUUCACUGUCAUGGAUGUUCUCUCCCUCGCAAGCUCUUUGACUUCUGUAGUCAUGUUCCUUUCUAUCCUCACUUCACCAUUUGAGCUCCAAGAUUUUCGUCACUCUCUUCCUCAAAAACUUACACUCGGCUUCACCUUCCUCUUCUUCUCAGUGGCAGUGACCAUGCUUGCUUUUGCGGCAACAAUUAUACUCAUCAUUCAUUUGAAGAAACGGUGGACUACAACGCUUAUUUAUACUGCAGCAUUUCUUCCAGUCUCUGUUUUCGCAUUGUUGCAGUUCCCUUUGUAUGUUGCGUUUAUGAGUACAGUGAGGUUCUCUUGGAAAGUGAUUAGGAGCGUUCUUCCUAGCUGUUUCCUCCCAAGUCGAUUUAAGAACACUACUACGGGCUCUAUUUACAAGACCCUCUGAAUAGGG